AUGGAAGUCAUAGAGAUGGUUGACUUCUACUCAAUCGCAAUUCUUAUCUUUCCACUCUUCUUAUAUAGAAUCAUGAGCUGGCGCGGCAGACGUAACGGUGGAUGUGGAGGUGGCCGCGGCGGUGGACGUGGCAACAUUGUGAUGACUCAAGCAGAGUUGACAGAUCUGAUUAACACACGUGUGGCUGAGGCUUUGGCAGCUCAGCAAGCUGGUCAACAUGCGAACCAAAACCAGAACAAUCCACCUAUGUGUAUGUUCAAAAUGUUUAUGGAUUGCAAGCCUCAAACUUUCAGUGGAACUGAAGGUCCUGUGGGACUGCUCCGUUGGUUCGAAAAAGUCGAAUCUGUCUUUGCUAUGUGUAACUGUCCAGCUGGGGACAGGGUGAAGUUUGCUUCAGGCACCUUGGAGGACGGUGCCUUGACUUGGUGGAAUGCUCAGGUGCAGAUGCUGGGCAUUGAGAUGGCAAACGUGACUACUUGGGACGAUUUCAAGGAGUUGAUUCGAGAAGAUUACUGCCCUCGUGACGAAAUACAAAAGCUGGAAAUCGAGUACUAUAACUUGAAGAUGGCGGGAUCCGAGAUCGAGGCUUAUAUGAAACGGUCUCACGAGCUAGCGAACAUAUGCCCUAAUCUAUCCCGACCACCGCACCACAGAAUCGAACUCUACAUCAAAGGAUUGGCACCACAAGUCAAGGGUUUAUUUACAGCAGCAAAUCUUGACAACCUACCACGGAUCAUCAGACUGGCUCAUAAGAUCACUGAUCAGGAGGUGGAGCGUGGCUCGCUGCCACCACGUGUUACUGCCACUACUACUACUACCCCCACCACUGACAACAAGCGUAAAUGGAAUGACGCAGACAAGGCGACUAACUCGAACCAGUCGCAAAAGAAGCUUGACAACAACAACAACAACAACAGCCGCAGUUUCAGUCAGUCAUCUUCGGUCAACCAGAAUCAGAACAAUAGUCAAACUUCGGGAUCUUAUGCAGGGAAACAACCGAAGUGCAACAAGUGUGGUUUCCACCACUUUGGUUCGUGUAACCGAACAUGUCAAAGGUGUGACAAGGUGGGUCACAUGGCGAAAGAUUGUAGAGCUUCGUAUCCAAAGCAGCAGCAGCAAUAG